GAGCCGAGACAUCAGUUGCCACUUGUUGGUGAUCCUCAACUUAUAUCCUUCUUCCCGCAGUUACAUUACAUUUUUAAUCCACCAAAAAAAAAAAAAACGCACGAAAUUUCAUUUCAGUGUCAAAAAAAAGUUCAUUUAACAUCAAACAACUUGUUCGUACAAGCUCCCAUUUCACGGAGAAAAAAGAAAUAACCCACGUGUGUGACAAUUACGUAUCGUGAGUUUAGCGCAAAGUUCGUUGGAGACGUACAGUCCCUUAUUUUUUAUUAUUCAAAGUAAAAAUAAAAAAAUAAAAAAAAAAGUAGUUUUUCUUCUUUUUGAACAUCGGUGUGUGUGUGGAUUUCCUCAAUUUUUCGUGUGUGUGCGUUUUGCCGCGUGUGCCGCUUGUUGACGCAGACAUGGCAGCGAUCAAUAAGGCUUUCGUCCCUGAAGAUGAUUUCAAAGAAACUCGUCGUCAGGAUCGUCCUACCCCGAUGCAUAAGGGAACGGUCUGUCACGUAGACAUCGAGGGGAUCGAUGACUCAAAAGCGCCCAAGAUACCCCAGAUUUUAGCCACACUGCCAGCGUUGUUUGGUGCUUUUGUUUUGGGAACUUAUCUGGGCUGGUGCAGUCCGGUGCAACCGCAAUUGAAAUCGGCCAACGGUACAAUGACGGCCAGCGACGAGGAUCAGCAAAGCGUGUGGCACUUGUUGUUGGACGAAGAUCAAAUGUCGUGGGUAGGGUCGCUGAUUAAUGUCGGAGCCGUAGUAGGAUGCCUUUGCGGAGGCUUCCUCAUGGACAGAUUCGGUCGAAAGGUCAUCUUGGCCGCCGUCUUUCUGCUCUACACUGCCGGCUGGCUCUUGAUCACGUUGGGCGUUCACGCUAGUAUGUUGUAUGUCGGUCGGAUUGUCGGUGGAUUAGCUGGAGGCGUUUGCUGCGUCGUAGCUCCAAGUUACAUUGGUGAGACGUCCACCAUGUCGAUGCGAGGAGCGUUAGGUAUGCUGUUUUCUGCCAUGAUGUCCGCAGGAAUUUUGGCAACAAGUCUAUUGGGAUGGCUGGAUUGGCGUUGGAUUUCGGCCAUCUGCACCAUUUUCCCUGUGGUGGUUCUCGUCGGAGUCAUCUUCGUACCGGACUCGCCAUACUUUUUAAUGAAACAAGGUCGCCAAGGAGACGCCGAAUGCUCGUUACUCUGGCUGCGCGGGGAUGAUUACAAUUACGUGAAAGCCGAGCUGAGCCGCAUCGAGGCUCUAAUUGUGGAAGAUGCGGCUCAAGAGUCGCGAUUCUCUGACAUCACGCGACCUGCCGUUUACAAGCCCGUCCUCAUCGGAAUUGGCCUCAUGGUUCUUCAACAGCUCUCCGGCAUCAACGCGGCCCUCUUCAAUUCAGUGGAAAUUUUCCACUUGUCCGGUUCCAGUUUAGACGGACUCGUCAGUGCUGUCAUUCUCAAUUUCGUUCUGUUGGUGGCUGCCCUGUCGUCUUCCAUCUUAGUGGAGCGUUUAGGACGUAAAGUUUUGUUCCUACUGUCGGAGACGUUAACGUGCCUGUCCGUCGUCGCCUUGGGUGGCUACUUCUACGUGCUGGAGAACGACCGCGAGACGGCCCAACGAUUCGGAUGGGUUCCAUUGACCCUUUUAAUCUUCUUCAUUGCUGUUUUCGCUGCGGGAGUGGGUCCCUUGCCUUGGCUCGUGUCCGGAGAACUGAUGCCGGCCAAAUUUAAAGGACCCGGCAGCUCAAUUGUUGCCUUCACUAACUGGAUCACUUCGUUCGUUGUCACUAAAGUCUUCAUUGACAUGCAAAGAAGCCUCACCAAUGCCGGAACGUUUUGGGUCUUUGGCAUCUUGUGUUUUAUCGGCAUCCUCUUCGGCAUCUUCAUCUUGCCCGAGACGAAAGGCAAAACGCCAGAACAAAUUCAGGCCCUCUUCGUCAGCGAUGGCAAAGCAUUAGAGAAUCGAGAGAAUGCCAAUCAUUCCACGGAGCAACGUCCAUCACGUUUCUGAAUCUCAUUGUUUACAUUGGCUAUCCUUUGCUUCCUAAAUUAUAUGAUUAUUAAAAACUAAACACGAACAAUUGUACCGCAUUACACGUCCCCACCCAUUUCCCGCCGAGUUAAACGCGCACAAGGACGUGAAUGAAAAUUGCGACAUCAUUUUUUGCUUGCUCUAUAAUCUAUUUGGGAUUAGACCAUUUACGUUUGAAUUGUGUCAUAAAAGCCAACACGUUAUGGCAAUGGUUAUCAAGUUUGGUGCGCGUAAUGGAUAAUCGCAAUGGCCUCCAGUACUUUUCCUUUUUUGUAGCCUUAUGUCAUGCCUUAUGUGUCUUGUACUUUUUACAUAGCAAUAUUUUUGCAAUAAAUUUGGCGGUGUGUUGAUCCUCUAUCGCAAACGAAA